UUAAUAUCAUAUAUUGAGAAACAAUAUACCAACGUUUUAUCAGCAAAAAUCGUCAUAUCAAAAUGAUAUCAGUAUUACUCAGUGUAAGUUGGACCCUCGAUGAUAAAUCGUUCAGUGGGCAUGGGUUAGAUAUUUUCAGUCUUUCCAGAUAAAAAUAAUUGAAAGAACUAAAUAAACAACACGCAGAGAAGAAAUUAUCAUAAGUCUUAAAAAAAAAAAAAAAAACCAAUCGCCAAAUGGCAGUCUCACCACUUGUGAAACCUUUUUGCCUUGGCUUAGGGAUAUUAGGAUUGGUACAGGCAAUCAUAAUUUUUAUAGUAACUCUUCUCGGAGUUUUAGUUCAUAUUUGUGCUAUCCCAGUUGCCAUAGACGCCACUCUGACUGAAUUUACACCAGUUUUGGUCGGGCUAUAUUUUCAAGGGGCGAACUGCCAAAUGUAUGAAGCAGGUGUACUCUAUAAUCAAAGUUUUUCUGAACUCCUAACACCGGAGCAGGUGUUUCCAUGGAUAGCAACUUACACCGCAGUCACUGGAUGUUGGAUGAUUUUCAGUAUACUCAUAAUGACGGAUACCCUGUGUGAAAAGAAGACCCUACAUUUUUUCCUCCCAUUUUGGAUUGUACUAGCUUUUACAAACUGUGUGAUGGAUGUGGCAUUGUCUAUUCAAUUUCUUGUUGACUAUACAGCUCUCAUGAGUAAUCUUGAAGUUCACAAUACCGCACUUCUGACAGUUGUGCCUUUUACAAUGAUGAUAUUGUCAUUGAAAGGUGGCACACUCUGGCUGAUUAAUCUUUUUGGUGGUUUUUUGGGUACAAUAGCAUGGUGCAAUUUCGUCACUCACAAAGAUGAUGUUCCUCCGCUAUUCUUGGAACGAGCAGGAUUUUUGGACACUAGGCCUAUUCGUGCAUUUGGAUCAAUUGAAGUACCACGUCCUUUAAGGCCUUCAAGUCUAAAUUUACCAGUGAACAAUGAUCGUAACAUUGCAUCACUUUCGGCGCUCAAAAACUAUUACCUGAGCCACAAUGAUAUCAGGAGCGACUUGCAGUCUCCAAUAGGAGGAAGCCCUCUAGUUUUUGAGAGAAGACCAGUUCCAUGGGAUAUCCCAGAACCAGAUUAUAGUCCAACAUCAACGGUAACUCGUUUGAAAAAUGCAAGGGAUUCUCAGUCUUCCGGACUUCGGCACAGUCUAUUUAAUCCACCUUUACCUUUAAGGACAAGUAUGAAGAAGAAUCAACAGAACUAUGAAAGGAAGGAAGACACUAGUCUAUAAAAUAUUAGGAGGGACAUAACAUACUCAACGCUGGCCGAACAUGACCUACCA